GGUUAGACAUAUUUCGGCACAAAUAGAAACGAACGAGCCAAAUGAAACGCAUGUUUUAGUUUGAGUGCGAACGAAUUAUUUAUUAUACGAAAUAAGUUGAUGUUACAAUGAAGAUAACGCUACUACUAUUAAUUGUGGGCGUCUGCCUAGUAAGUGCCAAGUAUCUGCCCUACGAAUCAGAUGACUCAAACAGUUUAUUAAUAAGAAAUAAGAGAUCACAUUCUGAAGAGUCUGAUUCUUCUGCAGAACGUGCCAAACAUAGUGGCGAGAGCGAUGACGAUGAUGAUGAUGAUUCCUUGGAGAAGAAAUUGAGAGAAAGGGAGGAGAAGCGACGUGAAAGAGAAGAAAAAUUGAAAAGGAAGUUAGUAGAACAACAAGAAAAGGAAAAGCGAAGAGAAGAAGAACGUCGUCGAAAAGAAGAAGAACGAAAACAAAAAGAGGAAAGAAAGCAACAAGAACGGGAAAGGAAGGAAGAAGAAAAACGUAUAAAACAAGAAAAGAAAAAGCAAGAUAAAAUUCUAAAGGACUUAAAGAAAGAAGCCAAUGAAAAGAAUGAUGACAAUUUCUUAGAAACUGAAGAAGAAAAUUCUGUUGAAAUGGAAGAUAUAUGGAGAAGUCACAUUUACAUGAAGUAUGGUUUAACAUUAGGUAGUACAAACGCCGAGAAACAAGCAGCAUUGGCUAGGUAUAUUCAAGAAGAAUUAGGUCUUCAACCCAAUAGUACAAGGAGCGAACGUCGCCAGGCUAUAACAAACUUAAUACAAAACAAAUUGCAAAACGACACCGUGGCUAUUGAAGCAAUACGCACACAAGUUCUGAGUAGACUUAAUCCUAUUACAUUGCAAAACUUACGAAACGAUCUUGAAAAGGAGAUUGAAGAGAUAGAUAAUAAGACCAUCGUAUUGAAGAAUAUAACCUUACCUUGGGCAGCGACGGCACAGCAAACUCUUGACGAAAAGAAAAGUUUCUUACAAACGAUAUCCCAGUUUAUGGCAAAUAUUAUACCAAACUGGUUUUCUGGAAAUAAUGCACAAAAUAAUGGACCUGUUAGUACCGACCAAGUACCCAAUCCAAGCGCUGUGAACAACGAAGCACAAUCUCCAUUGCCUUCUGUAAAUGCAAACGAUGCUACAUCUGGCAGUUCUAUUAAUUCACAAAAUGAUGUACCUGUUAACGCGGGAGAAAGCGCUUUUAUAAACGGUGGGUCUCCAAAUCAAGUCUCGAACCCAAGCGCUGUGAAUAACAAUGAAGCACAAUCUCCAGUAUCUUCUGUAAAUGCUGACGAUGCUUUAUCUGGAAGCACUAUUGGUUCACAAAAUGAUGUAUCUGUUAGCGCCGGAGGAAACGGUGUCAACAACAACGAAGCACAAUCUCCAGUAUCUGCCGUAAACGCUAACGAUGCUGCAUCCGGAAGCUCUAUUAAUACACAAAAUGAUGUAUCUGUUAGCACCGGAGAAAGCGCUGUAAAUAACAACGUAGCACAAUCCCCGGUCUCAUCAGCAAAUCCUAACGAUGCUUCAUCUGGAAAUACUAUCAAUUCACAAAAUGAUGUAUCUGUCAGCGCCGGAGCAAACGGUGUCAAUAACAACGAACCACAAUCUGCAGUACCUGCCGUAAAUCCUAACGAUGCUUCAUCUGGAAGUACUAUCGGUUCACAAAAUGAUGUAUCUGUUAGCGCCGGAGGAAACGGUGUCAACGUCAAUGAAGCACAAUCCUCAGGACCUUCCGUAAAUGUUAACGAUGCAACACCCGGAAAUUCUAUUAAUUCACAAAAUGAUGUAUCUGUUAGCACCGGAGAAAGCGCUGUAAACAACAACGUAGCACAGUCACCAGUGUCAUCAGCAAAUCCUAACGAUGCUACAUCUGGAAAUACUAUCAAUUCACAAAAUGAUGUAUCUGUUAGCGCCGGAGGAAACGGUGUGAACAUCAAUGAAGCACAAUCUCCAGCAUCUGUCGUAAAUGCUAACGAUGCCACACCUGGAAAUUCCAUUAAUUCCCAAAAUGAUGUAUCUGUUAGCACCGGAACAAGCGCUGUGGACAACAACGGACCUCAAUCUCCAGUUUUAUCAGCAAAUCCAAGCGAUGCUUCAUCUGGAAUUACUAUCGGGUCACAAAAUGAUGUAUCUGUAAGCGUCGGAGAAAACGGUGUCAACAACAACGAAGCACAAUCUCCAGUACCUGCCGUAAAUGCUAACGGUGCUACUCCUGGAAAUUCCAUUAAUUCCCAAAAUGAUCUAUCUGUUAGCGCUGGAGGAAACGGUGUCAACAACAAUGAAGCACAAUCUCCAGUACCUGCCGUAAAUGUUAACGAUGCUGCAUUUGGAAGUUCUAUUAAUACACAAAAUGAUGUACCUGUUAGCGCUGGAGGAAACGGUAUCAUUGUCAAUGAAGCACAAUCUCCAGUACCUGCUGUAAAUGCUAACGAUGCUACUCCUGGAAAUUCUAUUAAUUCCCAAAAUGAUCUAUCUGUUAGCGCUGGAGGAAACGGUGUCAACAACAAUGAAGCACAAUCUCCAGUACCUGCCGUAAAUGUUAACGAUGCUGCAUCUGGAAGUUCUAUUAAUACACAAAAUGAUGUACCUGUAAGCGCUGGAGGAAACGGUAUCAACGUCAAUGAAGCACAAUCUCCAGUACCUGCCGUAAAUGCUAACGAUGCAACACCCGGAAAUUCUAUUAAUUCACAAAAUGAUGUAUCGGUUGGUGCUGGAGGAAGUGCUGUGAACAACAAUGAAGCGCAAUCUCCGGUGUCAUCGGCAAAUGCUAGUGAUGUGCCUGUACCAAGCAUUUCUGAUAGUGUAAGUACCGGAAUAGUUAAUGAGCCUUCAUUGGUUACCGUCAGUGAUAAUGCCGCAAGCAGUCCAUUAGCUGAUCAACCUUUAGUUGAAAAUAAUGGUGGAAACAAUCUUGUAUCUGAUGGCCAACCAGGCAAUAAUUUAGCCUCAAAUCCAGUUGAUCAAUCCCAAGUGUCGAUAGGCAGUGGAAAUAAUAAUCCUUCCACUGGAAGCACCGUCCAAUCUAACAUAGAUGGUGUGAGUGUUGCAGAUAAUAACAUUCAAGAUGCUGUUGUACCGGGUGCAGAAGCAAAUGUUGCAGGUACUGAUAAUAUAGUAUCGUCAAACAAUAAACCAGGUGCUGAAAUAUCGAAUGCAAACAAUGGUAUUACUUCAAGCGGCAUAAACACAGGCGCUGCGGAUAAUGCUAUUGUUGGAGGAUCAUCUCUCUCAUCCGUCCCUGUUGUAGAUGUAGCUACUACUGCAUCGGUGAAUGUUAACAAUAUUAAUAGUCAGGAUCCAUCUAACGGUGUCACUCCAGAUGUUAAUAAUGGAAAUGUAGUUAUAGGAGCUGGGGAAAGUAGUCCAGUUCCCCCAAAUACUGUACUUAGUGAAAUUGAAGCAUCAAGUGUAGUACCCAUUGACAUCGCUACUGUUAGUAACCUGGGUAAUUCAGAAGCAGUUAUUGUAAAUACAAAUGAUAAUUCAGUUCCAAACUUAGUUCCUGUUGUUGUGAGUGUCGUGGACCAAACAGGUAAUAACAACAAAGACCAGCAACCCUCUACUAUUGUGGAUAAUGUACCAACGGCCAAUAUUGAAUCAUCACCAUCGUCUGGUAUUCCGGCAGAAACUAUAGUUUUAGAAGGAGUUGUUACAGAAAAGCCAGCUGGUAAUCUACCAGUUAAUACAAAUUCAACUCAAACGGGUGAAACAACAAAUACUCGUGCACAGAAAAAUGUUGAUAAAACUAAUAUAGGAUCUGGAAGUAACCCAAGUAAUGUCGAUGUAACAAGUGCAACAGAACAAAGUGCAACAAUCCCAAGUGAAGCAACUGAAAUUGUUACGAUUGAAUCCCAGACACAGACGGUUGUUGACACUGGUGCUACUGAAAAUAUAUUAACUACAUUGGACGUUCAAAAUGAACCAAGUACUACGGAACAAGCCUAUACUAUACCCGAAUCAGGAAUUACUGAGUCUGUACCAAAUACUCCAGCAGACAUAGGCUUUACUCUAGCUAAUGAACCAGGCGCAACAGUUGUAGAAAUUGUCACCCAGUAAUGUAGUAGGACAGUAUAACACAUUAUUAGUUGUUAAAUAAAUUCGAUAAAAUGUAAAUAGGACUAGAUAAUUUAGAAAUUUGGAUUUUGUGUAAAAAAUAUAAAUUCAUGUAAUUUGUAUCCAAAA